AUGAAGACCAUCGCCGCCCUCGCCCUCACCGCCUCCAUGGCCAACAUGGUCGCCGGCCACGCCAUCUUCCAGCAACUCUGGGUCAACGGCGAGGACAAGGAGUCGACCUGCGUGCGCAUGCCGGCCUCCAACUCGCCCGUCCAGGACCCCACCUCCAACGACAUGCGCUGCAACGCCGGCGCCGCCGCCGCCCCCUCCACCUGCGGCGUCAAGGCCGGCGACACCAUCACCGUCGAGAUGCACCAGCACAACACCCGCGCCUGCUCCGAGGAGGCCAUCGGCGGCGCCCACCACGGCCCCGUCAUGAUCUACCUCAGCUCCGUCGCCGACGCCGCCGCCGCCGACGGCUCCUCCGAGUUCUUCAAGGUCUUCGAGUCCGGCUACUUCGCCAACAACAACACCUGGGGCAACGACCUCAUCAACGAGGGCUGCGGCAAGCAGAACUUCGUCAUCCCCUCCGACAUCGCCCCCGGCGACUACCUCCUCCGUGCCGAGACCGUCGCUCUCCACGCUGCCGGCUCCGAGGGUGGUGCCCAGUACUACAUGAGCUGCUACCAGCUGAAGAUAGAGUCGAGUGGCACUGCUAAGCCCGCCGGUGUCAGCUUCCCCGGUGCUUACAAGGCCACCGACCCCGGUCUGUUGAUCAACAUCUACAACACCAUCUCCAACUACGUCAUCCCCGGCCCUGCCGUCUACGGCGCUGGCUCCUCCGGCUCCGACUCCGGCUCUGCCCCCGCUUCUUCCGCCGCCGCCUCCGCCCCCGCUGCCACCAGCGCCGCCGCCGCCUCUUCCGCCCCGGCCGCUGCUGCCCCCACCACCCUCGUCACCUCCGCUGCCGCUGCCCCCUCCAGCGCUGCUCCUUCCAGCGCCGCCGCUGCCUCUACCACCUCUGCCGCUGCCGCCGCCCCCACCUCCGGCUCCGGCUCUGGCUGCAAGCGCCGCCGUGCUGCUCGCAAGGCUCGCCGCUCUGCCCAGUACUAA